AUGCCCAAGCAAACAGCAGUGACGAUUACUUUGGCGACCCUGCUGGGUGUUGCAGUGGGGGGCCUGGUUUUGUGGAAAGCAACCCAGCGUCGGAAAGGAAAAGCAUGCUGUAGUAGUCAGCGAGAGGAAGCAGUUAUAAACUUGGGAGACGAGACGCUGGUUAAGUCAGAGGAUAAGGAGGUGCUUUCCUUCUUCAGAUCUCCCAACUUUUCCUGGGUAGAGAGGACCCUUGGUGCAGACAUAGUGAUAGUUUCAGAGCAGGAGGAGUGGGAUCGUGUUGAACCUUUGCUGAAGAAGGAGCUGGAGAAGUGGCCAGUGCUUGGAAUUGAUUGUGAGUGGGUAUCUGUGGAGGGAAAAGCAAAUCCUGUAUCCCUCCUACAGAUGGCUUCUUCCAGUGGCCUCUGCAUCCUUGUUCGGUUGCCCAGGCUUGUUGCCAGUGGACAGACUAUCCCAAAGACCCUGUUGGACAUCAUGGCAGAUAAUGCUGUGUUGAAAGUUGGGGUAGGAUGCUGGGAAGAUGCUUGCAAGUUACUUCAUGAUUAUGGUCUUCCAGUCAAAGGGAGUGUGGAUCUCCGGUAUUUAGCCAUGAGACAGCGGAAGGAUCUACUCCACAACUGCCUUAGCCUUAAGUCAUUAGCUGAAAAAGUCCUGAACUGCCCGCUUGACAAGUCUCCUCAUGUGCGUUGCAGCAACUGGGAGGCAGAAGAACUGACAGAAGAUCAGGUUCUCUAUGCUGCUAGGGAUGCCCAAGUCUCAGUGGCUCUGUUCCUCCAUUUGCUGGGAUUUGCCAGCCUCCCUGCUACAUCUGAAGGUGAAAACUCUGUCGCUGCUUGGGAAAAAGCACUGGGUAAAUGCCGGGGCUUGGUGGAUAUCCCAUUUAGAGGAAGAAGGAGUGGCAGCACAGGAGAGGAGAAGAGUGGAGAGGGACGCUCCCCUCAGAAAACAAAGAAUCGGAAGUCUUCGGUGAAUGGCCAGUCCUCUGGCAGUCAGCAAGUGAGAGAUCCUCGGAGGCAGAAGCGAAAGCCUCUGGGUGUGGGAUAUUCUGCAAGAAAAUCUCCGCUGUAUGACAACUGCUUCCUGCAUGCACCAGAUGGACAGCCCCUGUGCACUUGUGAUCGCAAGAAGGCUCAGUGGUAUCUGGACAAGGGGAUUGGAGAGCUAGUUAGCACAGACCCGUUUGUUGUGAAGCUGCGGUUUGAGCCUUCAGGACGUCCCGAGUCUCAGGUUGAUUAUUAUCUGACAGUCAAAGAGAACCUGUGUGUUGUAUGUGGCAAGCGAGAGUCCUAUAUCCGGAAGAACAUUGUUCCUCACGAAUACCGAAGACACUUCCCCAUCCAGAUGAAGGACCACAACUCCCAUGAUGUGCUCCUACUCUGCACGUCCUGCCAUGCUGUCUCCAACUACUAUGACAACCAUCUCAAGCAGCAGCUGGCUGAGGAGUUUGGUGCCCCCAUCGGCUCUGAGGAAGGCGUGCGUCUGCUGGAGGACCCUCUACGCAGGCAAGUGCGCUCAGGGGCCCGAGCCUUGCUGAAUGCAGACAGCCUGCCUGACCCCCGAAAGGCAGAACUUCUGCAAAGCAUCAAGGACUACUUUAACACAGAGGCAGUCACCCCAGAGAUGCUCCAGGAAGCAGCUGGUCUGGAAACCAGGAUCUGCAACGAGAGCUACAUGCCACAUGGGCUGAAGGUGGUGCAGUGUUUUGCUAAAGGAGGCCUGCGCUCCCUUAUGCAGUUGGAGAGACGCUGGCGGCAGCAUUUCUUGGACAGCAUGCAGCCCAAGCACCUCCCAGAGCAAUGGUCAGUGGACCAUAACCACAUGAAGCUGAUCCGAAAGUAUGGGGAGGAUCUUCAGAUCGAGCUGUCGUGAGACUAACUUCCUGGACUCUAGAUACCGUCUAAUGGACAUAUGUAACUGAAGGUGGAAGGACUGUUUUUAUUUCUAUGUCUCCACUAACAUCUGGGUCUGGGUUUGCAAACUGGCAGCAGUGGAUCUGCCAGAUUUGGCAUUUUAUAGAGUUAAAUCCAUUGACUUGAAUUUUCAGGUGGUUUGGAAUUUUUAAUCAUAGUCUGUCACUGACUAGUUCAGUGCAAGAGUGAUAUGCUAAGGAAAAGUGACUAUGGAGAGUUAUUUUCUACCCCCUAGGAUGGCUGAUGCCUCCAGGCCAUCUCUCUUAACACAGGGCACAAUAUAUGAACAUUUCCAGGUUUUCC